GUUCCGCCCCACCCGCCGCGGCCGUUUCCCCCGGGCGCUCUCGGGCGAUCCCUCUCCCCCGUCUCCCUCCUUUCUUCUCCCUCUCCCGGCCCUCCCCCGGCCCGCCCGGCCGGACCCCUCGUGCCGCCGCCGCUCCCCCACGUGCUCCGUGUCGCGGGAUAUCGUGAUAGCGGGACCCGCGUUCUCACGUGUGCCCGCUGUGCCCGGGGCCUUUCUCAUGCCUUCUGUGAUUCAUCGCUCGGGCGCAGGAUGGACGAUGAAUCGCCAGGCGGGACGUGCUGCUCGCACAGGACAGGACAAUGAAGCACACGAGGAGCAUGAUACUUCUACUGAAAAUACAGAUGAUUCUAACCACGACCCUCACUUUGAACCCAUAGUUUCCCUUCCUGAGCAAGAAAUAAAAACUCUGGAAGAGGAUGAGGAAGAACUCUUCAAGAUGCGAGCGAAGCUGUUCCGGUUCGCAUCCGAGAACGAGCAUCCCGAGUGGAAGGAGCGAGGGACUGGGGAUGUGAAACUCCUGAAACACAAGGAGAAGGGAACAAUUCGCCUCCUCAUGCGGAGGGAUAAAACUCUCAAAAUCUGUGCAAACCAUUACAUCACACCCUUGAUGGAGCUGAAGCCCAAUGCCGGGAGCGACAGGGCCUGGGUCUGGAACACACACGCUGACUUUGCAGACGAGUGCCCCAAGCCUGAACUCCUGGCAAUCCGCUUUCUAAACGCAGAGAAUGCACAGAAAUUCAAGGCAAAAUUUGAAGAAUGCAGGAAUGAAGUAGGCAAGAAAGCAAAGAAAGCAGGCACAGACAAAAAUGAUAGUGCUGAUAAAGUUGCUGAAAAACUAGAAGAGCUUUCUGUAAAGGAAGAAAGCAGAGAAUCUGAGAAGAAGGAGACCAAGGAAAAAACUGAAGAAAAGCAAUAAAAUCAUCCUGGGCCUUGCAGUUUUUCCUUUACUUUUUUCUUUCUUUUCUUUUUUUUUGUUUUGUUGUUUUGCCUUUUUUUUUUUUUUUAAUUUUUUUACAAGGGACUUUAUAAGGAACACAGAUCAACAUUCAGGUUGUUUUUUUCUAAGCUUUUGCCCUUUGGAAGGUGUCUUCAGAAAAAUCCAUUCCCCAGUCAUGAAAAUGUACUGUGCUAACUUUCUUUUCCAUAGUGGAAACACUUAUUUAUAGUCAUCCAAAAGAGUGAAUAAAACAAAUGUGCAAACAGCAUCAGGGGCAGAACUGUAAAGGCUUGUGAAUACACUUGUUUCCUUGGGUGUGAAGCUACAUAUCAUCAUUCCUGUGGAUUAAGCAGGUUAACAGACUUUUACCAGCAGGGAAGGUCAGGAUGCAUUUGUGUUUCUUCUCUGGCUUCUCAGUGUGAUGUCCCAGAGCUUUCCCUGGUGCUGUGUGUGCUGGGCAGGGGAUGUGCCAGGGAAUGGGGCACUGAGAGCCUUCCUGGCACACUUUGGUGCUGAGCCAUCAGACAGGGAAAAGGAAGGUGGGGGAGAAAAUGCAUUAUGUGAGAUUUGACAAGGAUUUUCCUCUUAAGAAACAGAACCUGUGCUUCCCCCCUGCCCCAAAUUUGCUCAUGCUACAAAGGCUUGAUUCCAGCAGAAAGCUGCUGCUGUUGUCCCAGCUCUUCCAUGACGUGCUCCUUGCUGGCUGAAGGCACAGCAGCCUGUUCUGCCGAGGUGUGUGUGCAAAGGAACCCAAACUGUGUGAGUACCUUCCUGAGAUUCCCCCUGUCAGCACAUCCUGGCAGUUGUAGGCUAAAACUGAAAAGCUUUUUUUUCCCAGGGCUCUGGAGCUCACGUUGUUUUUACAAACUGGAGGAGUUCUGAACUUCUCAGAUGCUUGGUGGGGAGGCUGUCCCUCCUGGAGGGUGGCAGUCACUUGGGAACAGUUAAUGAAGUUGUACAAGCCUGAGGGACACUCUCCUUGCCACAAUGGGCAAAUUGGAUCAACAACAAACAUUUGCAGUGAGGAGACGACCCAUUUCAAGGUAGUGCUAGAGUAAGAAGAAAAACUAUAGUAAGCAAUAAAAUCAACACAAUUAAGUCUGAUAGAUGAAAUGAACUUCGUUGUUGAACACUAAUACAAGGAUUGUGUUAGGAUAGUGAUGAAAUUUUGUAAUAGUUUCCAAAAUAAUUAAUGAAAACCAGACAAAACCUGCUAAACUGUAAGACUGAGUGAUGUUAACGUUGGAUAGCAAGACCUUUUUAUCUUCAUAAAGAGGCUUUUAACUUGGUCAGGUUCUGCAGCCUACUUGAGGAAAGUAUAUUUUUUAAAAAAUCAUGUUUUAGCAUUGUCUUUUAAUGCUACCAUGAAUGAGUCUUAAAUCUGGAACUGUAAUUAAGGUACUCACUUCAUUCAAACAGAGUAAUUCCUUUGGUGUUUUGCACAUUCCCCUUCAAGUACAGCAGAUAUCAAAAGUCUGUUAAUUAACAAAGGUGGUUGAAAGGCAAAAUAAAAUGCUCCUUAGUGUUUCUGGUUUGGAAAUAACAAGACAAAGCUAUUCUGAAGUAUUUAACAUUUGAAUGUAAAAGCCAAAUCUUUAUCCAUGAGUCACUGUAAAUUCUCUGAUCUGAUAAUGUCAAACGGUGUGUCUAAAUUGAUAGAAAUGACAUUUUAAAAAUUCAAAAUAAACUUAAAUUUUCAUUUAAA